AUGAUUUACAGGUUAAAAGGGGGUUGAAGAAUGCAUUAGUAAUUUAUUGUAGUAGUUAGUGAAGUGGGAAAAAAAGGGACGAUGCGUGUUGGUUCACGAUGACACAGGCAAGGGAGUGUUUGUGCGUGGAGUUUGUAUACAGCUCUAUCUUGUUUUGCCUUUCUUACUUUUUCCACAUCACCUGCCACUACUUCUGAUACUCUUCCUUUGCUUUAAAUUUGUAUAAUACAAUCUUCCAAACAAGCCAAGACACUGCUGCAAGCCUAGUUAACCUGCUUUCUUGCUCUCUUUAGAAUUGGUGUUUGGGGUGUCUGCUUCAUUUUUAAAUUCCCAAGCUUUGUCAUUUUUAGUCUCUACUUGUUUGGAGAGAGAUAUUGAAGUUUGUCUGUGUUUGUUAUGGAAAGUUGAACUUUUCUUUUUUACGUUGAAGAUUUGGUAGUAGAGUGUUGCAAGGAUGAGUACCAGAGUCAGGACGUCUGUUCAGUCCAGGAAAGUUUCUGGGAAGAAUGAGAAAGAGAAGGCUGAAAUGCAGGGGACCAAGCCGCCUAUUGUUGCCACAAAGACGAUGAAGAAUCGACGAGACUCGAGCAAAGAGAGAAAAAUGGCCUUACAACAAGAUGUCGAUAAACUGAAGAAGAAGCUUAGACAGGAAGAGAACAUUCACAGAGCUCUGGAGAGAGCUUUUAACCGACCCUUGGGAGCUUUACCUCGUCUUCCUCCAUAUCUCCCUCCUCCUACAUUGGAGCUUUUAGCGGAAGUGGCAGUGCUGGAGGAGGAGAUUGUCCGGCUCGAAGAACAGGUAGUGCACUUUAGACAAGACUUGUAUCAAGAAGCUGUCUAUACAUCAUCCUCGAAAAGGAACAUGGAGAGUUCAAUUGAUUUGAGUGAGCCUUGCCCGGAUAAACGUCUACAACCAAAAACUUUAACUAGAAAUACAUCCAUGGCAAGUCAUAUGCGAUCCCUUUCGGACGAUGGGAGAGGAAAAGAGAACCAGUCUUGCACUAAUUCUUCAAAGAGCAAUAAGGUGUCCUUGGUGGAUAAAAGCCAAUUACUAAGAACACCUGUGAAGGGACCUUUGAUUGAUUCAAAGCCUUCAGAGAAACGUUUAGAUCCUGAAAAAUUGCAGCUAGAAUGCAGAAUGAGAGUCCAAGAUAGUGCAGAUGCGCCGAAUCUUAGCACUUCAGAUGAGAAACCGAUGGCAGAUAAUGGCCCGAAUAAAGUUUCCGAGGAGCUUGUGAAAUGCUUGUCCACCAUUUUCUUAAGAAUGAGCUCAAUGAAGAGAAAGUCUAGUGCAGAAAGUUUUCCUUGGUUAUCAAUGUUAGGCUCCCAAGAAAGCAAGGAUGAAACAAAAUUUCGGGACCCCUAUGGUAUUUGUUUGAAUUUUGGGAGGAGAGAUAUCGGCAGGUAUAAGCAUUUGAUUUCAAUUGAUGCUGACUCGAUCAAUCCAAAUCGAACAUCAAAUUCUUUAUUUCUGCUGCGCAGGCUGAAGCUACUCCUUGCAAGACUUGCCUCCUCCAACUUGCGGAACCUAAAUCAUCAGGAGAGGCUUGCCUUCUGGAUAAAUAUCUACAAUUCCUGCAUGAUGAAUGCAUUCUUAGGACAUGGAGUACCAGAGAGUCCAGAGAUAGUUGUGGAAUUGAUGAGGAAGGCAACUAUAAACGUUGGGGGGCGCCAGCUAAAUGCAAUAACUAUUGAACAUUUCAUUCUCAGAUUGCCGUAUCAUUCCAAAUUUACCUUUUCAAAGGGUGCCAAGAACGAUGAAAUGACUGCCAGGAGCAUGUUUGGACUGGAACUAUCCCAACCAUUGGUGACAUUUGCCCUCUCAUGUGGAAGCUGGUCUUCUCCUGCUGUGCGAGUAUAUACUGCUUCUAACGUUGAGACUGAAUUGGAAGUCGCAAAGAAAGAGUACUUGCAGGCUACUGUCGGGAUUUCAUCGACAAAGUUUGCAAUCCCUAAGCUUUUGGACUGGUACUUGCUCGACUUUGCUAAGGACUUUGAUUCGUUGCUCGAUUGGAUUUGCCUUCAACUACCUAGUGAAUUCGGAAAAGAAGCAUUCACGUAUCUUGAAAGAGCUAAAACAGAGUCUCCUCUACGGUUUGUUCAAAUUAUACCUUAUGACUUCAGCUUUAGGUACCUUUUAUGCACAUAAUAAAUUAUUUGCUACACUUGAAAUUUUGCUUAGUUCUAAGGGUGUAAUAUUUUCAUACACAAGCUUAGAUUAGAUAAUAUAAAAAAAUAAAGGUGUAAGUAAUCUAUUCUCCAAAGUCCUAUGUUUUGAUUGUAAGUAGUUGUGAGAGGAAUGUUCAUCAG